AGGACCGUCAUAAUAGUCAACGUAUAUAAACAAAUAUAAAUAAUUCGAGUUGUUAUUUAGCGCUAGAUACAGUCGAACAUUUCGGGUUCCAAGAACCUUAAUGGAUGUGUGGAAGGUCGAUGUUUAAAAUAAAAUCUAACCAAGUGUGAUAUUGCAGAUACUUUUUUUUUAGUAAUUAUUAUUCGUUUUAAUUUAAAAAUGUCUUGGUUAUCACAAAUUGUCGGUGUCGCUGUAAAUUUAUUGUUUGUUCCAUUUUCUGAUAAUGGUACUCCGAAUCAGUUGGCAAGAAGUGAUAAUUCUUAUUUUCCCUUUGAUAUUUUGAGGACAAUGGAACAGCCCUGUCGUACUUAUACUUUCGAAAUGGGUGAGAAUGAAAUGAAAUUGACAGCUCUUGCCCGAGGAUUUUGUUCGAAUUGUUGUCCGGCUAAAAUACAAAGAGAUAUACGAUUUGUGGCUUAUUCUAAGAAUAAUCCAAACGGUGUACCAAUAAACAACUUAAGACCAGGAGAUGCCCUCAAAGCCGGAGUGAAUGGUUCCAUACCAACCGUUAUAUUCAUCCACGGUUUUUCUGAAGCUUCUCCAGGACAUAGCGGACAAACCAUAUUGGACGCUUAUUUAACAAGACCCGAACCUCGCAAUAUAAUCCUGUUGGAUUGGUCAGAACUGGCAACAUUUCCAUGGUAUCAAGUAGCAGUUACAAACUCAAAACUGGCUACUAUAAGACUCAAGAAAUUUAUCGAAAUAUUUCACAAAAGUGGCGAGAUUCCAAUAUGGAAUUUACAUGUAAUAGGCUUCAGUCUCGGCGGUCAUAUCGCAGGUGUUGCUGGAAAAAUACUCAGAGAUGGAUUGAAGAUACCCAGAAUAACUGGACUGGAUCCAGCUUUACCGGAAUUUUCUCUUAAAGAUCCAUCCAAAAGAUUAUCAAAAGAAUCUGCGGAAUAUGUCGAUGUAAUUCACACUGACGCUGGUGUAUUUGGUUUUCCUUUAGCUUUAGGACACGCCGACUUCUUCCCUAACGGUGGACGAGCUCUGCAACCAGGAUGCCAACCCAGUUAUUUAGUUAAACAACGUAUAGUAGAUCAAGUUGUUGCUUGCAGCCAUAUAAGAGCAUGGAAAUUAUACGCUGAAUCAGUGAUUGACGAAAAAGCCUUCCCCGCGACCAGUUGCCCGCUUUGGAGAGGACCAAACAAACAAUGCGAAUUUAAACCUGAAGCUUAUAUGGGUUUCGCGAAUAACAAUUCAACGUUUGGUUCAUAUUAUUUAAUUACCCAUGAAAGUAAACCAUACGGAAGAAGAAUGGCCAAAUGAAAGGAUAAUUGACUAGUUCUACUGAUAGAUAUACUAGUUGAAUGCCAAAGAAAACAGCAAUAUUACCAAAAACUUCAAAGUCACGGUUGAAAUUAUUCAAAAAGUCUAUUAUUUCCAAUAUUUACUUUAUGAAUUUUAUUUUUAAAAUAUUGAUUGUUAAUAGAUCUCUAGUGCGUUAAAAUAUCAAUAAGGGCACUAUUCAAAGUUCGUUCAUACUACCGAGUUGAAGUAAAACUAUGUACCUCGAACCAAACACGUACUCAAUGUCUGUGAUGAAAUUUUAAAAUAAAACUUACGAUUUUCAA